CGACGCACGUUCACUUCACAAACACUAGUUGAUUGUUUUGGGUUUUGGAGUUUUGUGCAUACCUAUUGUCGUGGCAAUGUCAUUCAGGUGGCAAGAUAAACACAUGGAACUAUUUCUAGAAAGUUAUCAGCGGUAUGAGUGCUUGUGGAAUAAUAAAUGCAGUGAUUACAGCAAAUCAAACGUACGGGAAAAAGCGUACUUAUCAAUGCUGGCCGAUUUAAAUUUGCCUGGAUUAACUGUACCCGACAUCAAGGCAAAAAUAAAAACUAUUAGAACACGUUAUGGGGCAGAACUUUGCAAGAUAAAAAAUUCAGAAAGAAGUGGAGCUAGUGCUGAUGACGUUUAUGAGCCCAGACUAUUCUGGUUUAAACUUGCAGACGUGUUUCUCCGCAGCAUAUGCACUCCAAAAGAAAGUUCAUCAAACUUGAAGGAGUUAGAAUCGACGAGAAAGGGCAUUUCUGGAAAAGCAACCGAUGAUAGCCAACAUUUGGAAGAACGUGAACAGCAAACUGAGCAAACGGCACACAUUCAGGACACUGAACAGCAAACUGAGCAAACAGCACACAUUCAGGACACUGAGGCAACAUCUCCAAAUACGAUUGCAACGUCUUCGGCGGUAAUCACGAAUACUCCAAAAAACACAAAGGGGCGUAAACGUUCCCUCAAUACUACUAUUUCGGGGGUUCAGGACGCAAUAAAACAAUUGAAGACACUAUCGGAAGAAAAUAAGGAGGAUCUGAACGAAUUCGACGUGUUUUGUGAGAGCCUUGCUAUACAGUUGAAAAAAAUGCCUUUAAAUAGGGCUCUUAUCUGUCAAGAACAUCUACAGAAAGUGAUGACGCAAGAACGACCCUUCCAACUCACAUCAAACCCUCAGUCUCACUCAUCCAUGUCACCUGCUGAUUAUCAACAGUCCAUACCAACUUCAGGCCGGUACUCUGCGAUGUCAUCAGGGCAAAGCAGCACACAUUCACGGCAGUCACAAAACCAUUACUACCAAUCUACCGAAAAAGAUGACGAUUAUGAAAGCACUCAAUAUACCAGUGAUGUUUUGUCCGAUGCCCUUUCUUCAGCGGGAUUAAUAGUUGGUGAUGAAUUAAUGCCUUUAUAA